AUGCUUUCUGUAACUAGAGCCAAACUCUCCGUCACCCAAGCCUCGCGUAGUGCAGAGGACUCUGGUUUGCGGGGACGGAAAGAACCGCCAGAAGGAAUAGAAAGGACAGACGGGGGAGAGGAACAUCUUAAGGAGGUGGAGACUUCGGCUGUUUGGAUCUGGGGAAUUCUUUUGUCUCAGAGCGUGCCUUGGAUGCCCUCCAAAGACCUGGGGCGGGGUGUGGCAGCUCUGUGGUUAUUGAUGGCCUUGACGCUGGGCUCAGUGUAUCGCUCUAAUCUUAAAGCCAUGAUCAUCUACCCCAGGAUUCACCUCCCCUUCUCCACUCUGGACGAGCUGCAAAGAACCGACAUCCCUGUCAUAAUCUUCAACGGGUCGCAAAUACACAAUUACAUCAAGGAUGCGGACAACAGCUCCAGCCUCGGGGGACUCCGGGACCAGUUGGACCUAUACUACAACGAUCAGCUGGCCUUUGCGAUACAACAAGUGGUGAAAGGCAACGGUGCUUGCGUCUCCUUCACGAUGGGGAUCCUAUCCGUUAUGGACCGAACAUUUUCCCAGGUUGGCAAAUGCACCUUGUACAAAAUGUCCCGAGGCUUCCUUGGCCCUCUGAGUCUCAGUAUGGCCUUCCCCAAGGGUUCCACGCUCAAGAUCAAGUUUGAUGACGUCAUCAUCAGACUGCGUGAGGCUGGCAUCAUGCCCAAACUGUUCAGGGACGGCCAGGUGAACGCCACCAAGUGCGCAACAACCGAGAGUUUGUUCCUAGCCGAGGUUAAAGAACGGCCUCUCCACCUAAAGGAUUUCUAUGGAGUGUUCCUGGUGUAUGGCGGAGGGCUACUUCUAGCUUCGGGUGUUUUCCUGAGCGAAGUGUUCCGCGGAACACGGCGGCCAAGCAGAGCAAAGCCACCGGCACUACAGCGCGCCACCUCCCAAACCCAAUCACGGUUUGCCUCAGCCACAAUCCUGCGGGAACAUGCACGCCUGUCAUUCUGAGAGGCGGUGGCGCCAAUUAGCACCUUCUAGGAUGGUCUAAUCGUGUCUCGUACGGAUAUAUGUGUUUAAUAAUGAUUAUGAGUUAUCAAUGAUUAUGUUAUCAAUGAAAUACAACAUCCCACACUCUUGUUAACUGGUAAGAACUCUGUGACUGGAAUGAAAGACAUGUCAUGUUUUGUACCUGGCGAACACAAUGAAGCUAUUAAACAUAUCAACAGCC